AUGUCCUCCCCACUCACCAUCCCUGGCCCUCCAGGCCUUCCCCUGCUCGGCAACAUCAUGGACGUCAACCCGAGCAACACCUGGUGGUCCUUGCGCACGCUGGCUGAAAGGUAUGGCGAGAUCUUCAAGAUCAAGGUCUUGGGGCAUGAAAUUGUUUUUGUCGCCAGCGCUGCUCUAGCAGAAGAGAUUUGCGACGAGACUCGGUUCCGCAAAUUCGUUGGCGGGCCCAUCGUCGAGAUCCGAUACGCCGUGCACGAUGCGCUGUUUACCGCAUACGACCACGAGGAAUCCUGGGGUAUCGCUCACCGCAUCAUCGCGCCACACCUGAGCACGGAAUCGGUCGCUGACCAUUUCGACGAGCUCUUGCUGUGCACCGACGAGUUGAUCGCCAAGUGGACCAAGGGUCUCGAGCCUGGGACCAAGUUCCAACCUCUCAAAGACCUCAAUAACCUGAACUUGGAGACGACAAUGUUGACACUGUUUGGCAAGAAGCUGGGAGCCAUCAAAAUGAAGGAUGGAGAGGAGCAUCCCAUGAUCCAGGCCAUGGAGGAUGCUACCUCAGAAGCAAUGAGGCGACCCAACAGGCCGAAGCUCCUCAACUGGCUGCUAUACAACGGCAAGUGGAAGGAGGCGACCAAGACGAUGAGAGGCUUUGCCGCAGAGCUCAUCCAAUACCGGGCCGAACACUCUACCGGACGCAAGGAUUUGCUUUGGGCGUUGAUGAACGCCACGGAUCCAGAAACAGGCAAGAAGUUGACCGACAGCCAGGUGAUUGAUGAGAUUGUCAGCAUGCCGAUCGGCAGUUCAACGGCCCCUUGUUCAGUCACGGCGACCAUCCUGUUUCUGCUGCAGAAUCCAAAGGUGGUGGCCGAGGCCAGAGAGGAGUUGGACCGCGUGGUUGGAGACGGUGCGCUGAGGCAAGACCAUAUCGCCCAGUUGAAAUACAUCCAGGGGAUUGUGAGGGAGACGCUGAGGUUGAGCUGCGCGGCUCCGGGCUUCAACAUAGAGCCAAUUCCGUCCAAGAAUGGCGACAAAUCGCCCAUUCUGCUUCAAGGCGGCAAGUACCAGAUUGCGCACAACCAGGCCAUGAUCGUUGUUCUGGCUGGAGUCAACAGAGAUCCAGCCGUGUUUGAGGAACCUCUCAAGUUCAAGCCAGAGAGAAUGGUGGGCGACAACUUCACCAAGCUGCCGGCCGGUGUCAAGAAGUGGUUCGGAAAUGGUAAACGAGAAUGUAUCGGCAAACACUGGGCUUGGGCGUUUCUAAUGGUGGUGACGGCCAAGCUGAUCAAAGAAGUUGAUUUUCAGGCGGUGGACGAGCAGUAUGUGAUGAAGCAGGAUGGGUGGUUCAACGUGCGGCCGAUCGACUUUUACGUGACGGCCAAGGCAAGGGGUGCUUGA